AUGGCGGAACGCGACUCGGCCGGUGACGGACUCACGGUGAAGGAAGAACGUAAGAACGUCGGCCGGCGAGCUACAGAGGUUCCUCGAUCGGUAGAUACGAAGAGCGAGGACGAACGCGAGGAGGGCGAGGAGGGCGAGGAGGGCGAGGGGGGCCAGGCCAGGAGGUUCCGCGUGGGCGAGCUGGUGUGGGGGCCGGUGCGGGGCCACGCGUCGUGGCCCGGCGCGCUGGCCGCCCGCGCCGCGCGCGCUGCUGGGGCUCAGCGAGGGGCUGGAGGCGCACCACGCCGCGCGCUCGCACCUGCGGAAGAGCAGGAAACUGAACGCGCGGCUCGAGAGCGCGAUACAGGAGGCGAUGGCGGAGCUGGACAAGAAGAGCGAGGCCGCGCCCGCGCCCGGGGCCGGGGCCGCGCCCGCGCCGCGUCGCGCCCGAAGGCUCAAGGCGGCGCCGCGCAGCUCGCGAUGACGCCGCCGACGGCGCCGGGCCGCGGGUGGUUUGUGUUCGCGAUCGAGUUGCGCCGACCCCGUCAUCACAGUUUUAUUUUCGUAAGAAUAUCAUCACAAAUCAGCACGAGCUUUCCGAAGAACACUAUUUGGCCGUUUCGAUCGACGCCACGGCGAGCCGCUGCCGUUCCGCGUUUUAGAUUGAACGUUAGGAACGAAAGCGAUUUAAAAAAAGUAUUUCGAAACUUCACUCGAUGGACCAAAGAAAAUUAAUGUUGCGAAGACCGGAUUAAUGAUAUCGGUGGAAAUUGGACAUAGGCUAUAAAUAAAAGAAUUAUUAAACGCUCGAUUGUAAGACGGCGGAACUGUUUCAUGUUUACACGCGACAAUUGUGAUUUAAAAUCGUCUUUGUUGCACACUAUACGUGUUAGAAUAAGGUACUAUAAUCUCGAGUUAGGAUCCUCAAAUAACUAACCUGUCAUCGACGCGCGCGUACAAGUUAGGCGAGUGUAAAUUUAUAUAAGAGAAGGUAUAUAUAUACCCUGUACAUUUUUAUAUGUUUUGUUAGAGAGUAAUAAAUAAGUAUAACAUGAUUUCUAGUCAAAUAUUGAGCAUAUUAAUGUAGAUAUUGAAUACGGACAAUAAGACAAGGCCUGGCGGCGGCGGUGAGCGUCGAGUACGACAUUGUUUUGGUUACAUAACCCAUAAGUACAGUCGGUUAAUUUUGCACUAGUACUUUGUUUGCUAAUAAUAAUUUAUUAAUUUUUAUGCGUUGUUUUAAGAAGUUCUAAUUACACCUCAAAUUGCGAGUUUAUCCCGUCGUGAAGCAUCAACCCUUCAGACUUCAGAACAAAGUAUACACAGAUAUCUUUAACGGGCCUAAAACAUUAAAUUGAUUAAAAUAUCACAAUUUAUAAAUUGAGAUGC